UGUAGGCCCCACAUCAAACACCCACUUUUUCCACCAUUUUUUUACACAACAAAACAAAAUAAAUCAAAGAUUGAAACUUUUAACAGUUUACCCAUCAUUCAUCCAUCCAUCCUUGUUUCUGUAUUUACUUUGUUUUCAGCAUAAUAAUAUAAUCUCUUUUUCUUGUCUUGUUCUUAUCCUUCCUCUUCUUUUCUUCAUUUGGGUUUUAUUCCUUUCAACUUUUUUUUUUCUCUUUUCACUGAAAAGAUUAAAUCUUUGAGUUGUUUGUAAGGUUAAAACUCUAAAAGCAGGAAACUUUCUCAUGUUCAACAGAAAGCUGAUAAGAUUCUACAUGUUUUGAGAGGAAUAUGUCACUUUCACUAGGGAUUGCAGCCUUGCAGGUGUUCUUUGCCUAAGUGGGUUUCUCGAGAUUUUGAAGAUGGGUGAUUAAGUAGAAGAAGAAUUGGUCAGCUUUGAAGAUUGUCUAACAAUUUGGAUUGGAUUAGAUUGGAUUGUUAAGAUGUUGGUGUUUUGUCCUUACCAAGGUGUGGAUAUGGUGAUGGUCUUACUGCUGCCGGGCGGUAAGCUGUAGUUUUUCUUGUUUGCCUAUGCUAAACAUUCCAUCUGAUCUGGGUCUUCAUUCAGCUGUGUUAUGUUAUCUUUGUUUGUUGUGGUCAAUGAGUGAAAGAUAGUGACUGGGAUGUCUUAUAUGAUGUUAAACAUUUGGGAUAGUCUUCUUUGUUCAUGAACUUUUGAGUCUUAGAUUUAUUUCACUUGAUGAAUGAGAACUUGGGGUGUUAAGAAAGUUGUGUAAGUUGUUGAAUUUUGAUUUGGAGUGAUUGUUUGAGAGGAUGGAAGAUAAUGGGGAGGAAUGGAAGCAUAUGCUCAAGAAGAUGCUUCCACCAGGUGCAUCUUUGCCUGAGGGAGUUGACAAUCCAGAUUAUUCCAUAGCUAUAGAAUAUAAAGGUCCAGCUAUCUCUCAAGAAGUCCCUAGAGUUGAACCUCUUGAUGUGAAUCCACAAUUAAUCCCAACUGCGUCUAUUGCGGAACCACUUUCGGAUUCUCAAAGGCAGUUCUUUUAUUCUGAUCCUCCGGUCAUCGAACCGAUCCCUUUACCUGUUUCUCGUAUUGCCAGUGCCGUGGAUUCACUCCCUCAAAAUCCUAGGAUAUCAGGAAGCUCGGAAUCGGUUGUGUCUGUAUUGCAGAGUCAUGAUUAUUCUUCAGCUUCUCCGUCUCGUUCUCCUGGUUCUGCUCAUAAUUCUGAAAGUAAUUCUGUGAAUCAAAGAGUUGAUGAAGGGAGAAGGGUCCCUAUGGUGACCUUUAAUACUAGCAAUCGAUCUGAAAGGAAGGACAAUGAUGUUGAACAUCCCACCUAUCCUCAGUAUUUGGGAUAUCCCGAAGAAAAGGGGACUAAAAAGAAAACAAGGGUUUGUUUUCGAUGUGGAAAAGGAAAAUGGGAAUCAAAGGAGGCAUGCUUGGUUUGUGAUUCCAAGUUUUGUAGUAACUGUGUGCUUCGUGCUAUGGGUUCAAUGCCCGAAGGGCGUAAAUGUGUUACUUGCAUUGGUAAACCAAUUGAUGAAUGGAAGCGGCCAAAACUUGGAAAGAAUUCUAGGGUAUUGUCUCGCUUAUUGAGUCCAUUAGAAGUUAAACAGAUAAUGAAAGCUGAGAGGGAGUGUUCUGCAAAUCAACUACGGCCAGAGCAACUCGUUGUCAAUGGAUAUCCUUUGAAGCAAGAUGAAAUGGCUGAGUUACUCGGUUGUCCAUUACCACCUCAGAAGUUGAAGCCUGGUAGAUAUUGGUACGACAAAGAAUCUGGUCUCUGGGGAAAGGAAGGAGAGAAACCAGACCGAAUUAUAAGUUCAAAUUUGAAUUUCAGUGGAAAAUUGAGCCCUGAUGCUAGCAGAGGAAAUACAGGAGUUUACAUGAAUGGUCGAGAGAUUACAAAGCUCGAGCUAAAAGUUCUAAGGCUGGCAGGGGUCCAGUGUCCUCGCGAAACUCAUUUUUGGGUGUAUGAUGAUGGCCGCUACGAGGAGGAAGGUCAAAACAAUAUCAGGGGAAACAUUUGGGAGAAGGCUUCAACACGCUUUUUAUCUGCAUUGUUCUCUUUGCCUUUUCCCCAAGGUCAAACACACGGAGUUAGGGAUGAGCCAAGCAAUUAUGCUGCUAUCAUGCCAAAUUAUUUUGAGCCAAAGAGAAUUCAAAAACUUCUUCUUCUUGGACUCGAGGGUUCUGGAACUAGCACAAUGUUCAAGCAGGCGAAGUUUUUGUACGGGAACACGUUUACAGCAGAAGAACUGCAGGAUAUCAAAUUAAUGAUUCAGAGCAAUAUGUAUAAAUAUCUAAGUAUAUUGCUAGAUGCAAGAGAGCGGUUCGAAGAAGAAGACAUGGCAAAGAUGCAAAUACAAGAGUCUCGUGACAAAAGUAGCGAAGGAGGUGAAAGUUCAGAAACCGAGUCUACUGGGACUGUUCAAAGCAUCUUUUCUAUUAAUCCACGGUUAAAGCAUUUUUCUGACUGGUUAUUGGACAUCAUUGCAACUGGUGAUUUAAAUGCAUUUUUCCCUGCUGCAACGCGGGAAUAUGCUCCUUUAGUUGAAGAAGUUUGGAGGGAUCCCGCAAUACAAGAGACAUAUAGAAGAAAGGAUGGGCUUCACUUCCUUCCUGAUGUUGCUGAAUACUUUCUGAGCCGGGCUGUUGAGGUGUCAAGCAAUGAAUAUGAACCUUCAGAGAGAGAUAUUUUGUAUGCGGAAGGCAUUACGCAAGGGAAUGGUUUGGCUUUUCUAGAAUUCUCCCUUGAUGACCGUAGCCCAAUGUCUGAGUCUUAUACAGAAAAUAUGGACGCGACCCCUCCAUUAACCAAGUACCAAUUAAUCCGGUUGAAUGCGAAGGGGAUGAGCGAGGGAUGCAAAUGGGUGGAGAUGUUUGAAGAUGUACGUGCUGUUGUUUUCUGCGUAGCUCUAAGCGACUAUGACCAAACUUAUAUCGCUCCGGACACUACUGGCAGUGGAACUGUCCUUCAAAACAAUCUAAUUGAAAGCAAAGAACUCUUCGAGAAGAUGAUUAUACACCCGUGUUUCAGAGACACCCCAUUUAUUCUAAUACUAAACAAAUACGACCUCUUUGAGGAAAAGAUCGGAAGAGUACCCUUAAGCACAUGUGAAUGGUUUCACGACUUCUGUCCUGUUCGAACCAGUCAUACUAACCAAUCAUUAGCCAACCAAGCUUACUUUUAUGUUGCGAUGAAGUUCAAGGAUCUCUAUGCAUCAAUUACUGGUCGGAAGCUUUUUGUAUGGCAGUCUAGGGCGAGGGAUCGUGUAAAUGUCGAUGAGGCGUUUAAAUAUGUACGGGAGAUUCUGAGGUGGGACGAAGAGAAGGAAGAGAACUUCUAUAACGGUGCUGAAGAUUCCUUUUAUAGCACGGAUAUAAGUUCUUCACCUUACGUUAUUAGGCAAGAAGAGUGACUUGAUUCGUGUGUAUGUAAUAGUGUGUAAAUGUAUUUCGGUUUGUGCAGUAUACACAUCCCCGGAAAGCUUGAAAAGCGAGGGCUAAUUAGGUUACUGCUCAUGCUGUCUACUGAAUCCGUUCUUUUUGUAUUCCGACUUCUAAUUUGUAAAGGCUUGUUGAUAUUUGAUGAGGUUUCAUGUGUGA